GUAUGCACCCAGCAGUCUCCCCCCUUCCCUCUGCAGCCCCUCUCGAUUGCUCACUCUAAAUCCCUUUGAGAAUUAGAGGUUGCACGCACUCACGCAUACACUAGAUAGACAGAUAGAUAUAGACAUGGCCGGAAGCGGGAGUGGAGGGAGCUCGCCGUGCGCGUCGUGCAAGCUGCUGCGGCGGCGGUGCACGCAGGAGUGCGUCUUCGCGCCCUACUUCCCGCCCGAGGACCCCCACAAGUUCGCCAUCGUCCACAAGGUCUUUGGUGCAAGCAAUGUCAGCAAGAUGCUGCAGCUGCCCGCUCCGCAGAGAGCGGACGCGGUGAGCAGCCUGGUGUACGAGGCCAACGCGCGCGUGAGGGACCCCGUCUACGGCUGCGUCGGCGCCAUCUCCUACCUCCAGCAGCAGGUCUCCCAGCUCCAGAUGCAGCUCGCCCUCGCGCAGACCGAGAUCCUCUGCAUCCAGAUGCAAAGCGACGGCCAUCCAACUGCUUCACCAGCGCCGGCAUCGCUUCAGCGGCAACAGCAGAUGGACGGCGAGGCUUACCGUAGCCUAAUCACGCAGAAUGGCCUGAUCAACACAUUGAACAGCACUGCCGCUCAUCAGCAGCCGUCGUUGGGCAGCUUAGGCUCCGCGGGGAGCACCGCAAUGAUGCUGCAGGAGGCAUGCCUCAAGAAAGAGUCCCUAUGGGCAUGAAUUAUGUAUGAUCGAUAAGAAUUGUCUCUAUAAUAUCUCUGUCCGAUUCUCUUCUGCAAUUUUCCGAAAAGAUGGGAAAUUCGUAGAAGAGUUGAUUGAACCACAUGAGCAUCUCCAUUUCUACUCAAAGAUUAAGAGUUAAGACAAAACUGAUGGAUGGAUAUAUGUUCUGGCGUAGAAAGUUUUGUUCAAGGUUGCAUGACAAGUUCAUUCCAGAUGUGCCUUUUGAAGGAGCUAUUAUAUAUAUUGCUGGGUCCGCGAUGUGAACGCAUGCAUUUGGAUUCACAUGGUAUGCACGGUAGGAUUCCUGAGCUUGUUCGUGGACAACUGGACACGAAGCAUCACAAAGC